AUGUACCUCAGCGGUCUAUUCUCCAUCAUUUUGCUCCUCAUUGUGCCUUGGACUGGGACAUAUAAGCCUGUUCUUGAAAAGGGGUCCACGAAACCAGGCACCUGUCCAGAAGAUAAUGCCCUCUGCAGAAGGCAUUAUGAGGCCAAGUGUCAGAGUGAUGAAGAGUGCAGUGGCAAACAGAAAUGCUGCUUCUAUUACUGUCACUUUGAGUGUAAAUAUACAGUUGAAGACAGGUUGUCAGGGAAGCUGGGAACCUGUCCAGUUGUAAUAUAUCAAUGUACCAAGACAAAGCCCCCCGACAAAUGUCACAGGGACAGAGACUGCCUUGGGACUCUGAAGUGUUGCCGAGGCAUUUGCGGCAAGAAGUGUAUUGAUGCUCUGAACCCUGAUGUGCCAAAGCUGGACAAGGAAACAGACUUAGUUGCAGAAUGA